AUGUUCUCCUUCGGACGCACCAUCACCACCACUACCAGCGCUGCACACACCAUCACUCCCACCACGCGCGCUGCGUCCGACACACACACCAUGACCGCUUCUUCUCUCAGGCCGCGACGACCAUUCUCCGCGCCUGCAGCUACAUCUGCCUCCCGCCUUACCAGGGCGUUCUCCCGUGUCUCCCUCUCCCACCUCAGGCGGCGCUCUUGCCCCGAGGCACACACCAAACAAACCAUAGAGACCACCGAGACCACCCCCACACCACUUCCCCAAUAUCCCCACAUCAUCAUCAGCGCCGCCAUGAGCCUGAACGCCGUCCUCCGCAUCCUCGGCUGCCCAUCCGAGGCCCAUGAUUCACACCACUACACCCACCCCGUCCUCCUCGACUUCAUCAUGCACGUCCUCCACACCAGCCAGGUGCCCUAUCCCAUUGUCGAGCACAUCAUCUCCCUCCUUUCUCGCUACGACGCCUAUGCGUUGUCACACGAGGAGCGGGAGCUGUCUGGGCACGAGCUGUUCCUCGGGCUGCUCAUUCUCCUGACUCCCUACUACUACCCUCUGAAGGAGAAGGAGGACGAGGACGAGCCAGACGAGCAGGACAAGUUCACGAACGAGUUCUGGUCUGAGAUCUCGGGAGUGACUUCGUUCCACGCCAUGCACAUGCUUCAUUCGUACAUGCGUCUGGACGGUGCUCUCGGGCCACUCUAUCCGUCAGUUGACGUCGAUAGCCUUCCGCAGAAGCAGAAUGAGCCGUUCGAGCUUCCCGAGAUCGUCUUCUAG